CGCGGCUGUUGAGAACAAACGCGUGUAUCACCCACCUGCGAUAACUUCAGACUUAUCUAUAUAUAAAAACACUUCGGAACCGAGCAGCAAUUCAAGUGAAGUAAACCUCACCUCGUCUGUCAUUCAUUGCCUUUGCUCUGUAUUUAAAUAAAGAGCCUUAAAUCAUGAUACCGACAAUUACGAAAAAUUACCAGAACGUGGUGAUUAGCACGGGCAACAUCAUCAACAAUGAACUGGGUCAGCGCAAAUCCAACGAAGAGCUUUACGAUGGCCUGAAAGUGACUCUACAGAAGGAACCAAAUGCGGAGCGCGUGGUCGUGGAGAUAGACAAGCUCCAUGGCUGUGUACAGCGUGACACUGAGGAAUUGACCAAGCGUUUGACUGAGAAUGGUCGAAAUGAGAUUAGCAUCGGGGCAAAGAUAUUUGUCAACAGCAAUUCGACAGAAAACAUCCAACAAGCUGUGGAGGCCCUACUCAACAUACUUAAAGUGACGCAUGUGGAUAACGUGGUUCUGGCCUAUCACCCGAAUGCAAAUGCCAUCACUCCCACGGCGGCUGUUGCCAGCGCAACCUCUGGGGCCACAACAACAAAAUCUCCCUGCUCGGAGGGCAACACCGGCACGUCCAGCGUCAGCAAUUGGAGUAUUCGCAAUGGACAGCAAGGGGUUGACGAACUCAAGGAGUUGUACAAGUGCCUGGAACAAUAUGCACAUAACCAGAAGAUAACCCAAUUGGGCAUAGCAGAUUUGGAUGCAGAGGCGCUACAGGAAUUGCACAAAACUGCCAGUGUGGCCCCUACCAUUGCACAGGUCAAUUUGGCCACCUGCUGCGUCGUGCCCGCCGAAUUACAGGAGUUCUGUACCGCCCACGACAUACAGUUGAAUACUCACGGAGAUCCGGAGCUCAUAUUGCAGGAGGAGCAAUUCGCUGGGCUGGUUCCCGGCUACACAAUCGAUUGGUCGUUGCGCUAUCAGGUUCAUGUUCGCUGCCGCGGCGUACUCACUGCCAAGGGCUAUAUUGUCGGGGCCUCAAAGCCCAGCGAAACAUAAGCUUAGCUAAGAUGUAGUCUGUGUACUAUAUAUACAUAUUUAUAUAUAAAUAUUUGUAAUGUAUACCCUAUGUAGUGCUGUACUUAUUGUUUGUUAUACAAAACCGAAAUCAGAUAAUGAAAAAAGAAACCAGAACGAUUGAUAGAUCGAUUGAUUUUUUAUAGUAAACCAAUUUUUUAUA